GCCGCCAAGAAGGGCGAGUUCUGCUACGGCCUGCCCGGCUCAAUCGCGCCGUUCGAGGAGUUUGACCCGUUCAACCUGUCCGCCGACCUCACCUUCGACCAGGUUCGUACGUGGCGCGAGGCCGAGCUCGCGCACUGCCGCGUGGGCAUGCUGGCCGCCGCGGGUUUCCUCGUCCAGGAGAAGUUCCACCCACUGUUCUCUGGCGACGGCGGCCCGGCCAUCGAGCAGAUCCCCAAGCUGCCCGUGUUCAUGUGGUUCGCGAUGACGCUCGGGAUCGGCAUCUGCGAGGCGUACCGCGUUCAGGUCGGCUGGUCCAACCCCAACGAGCCCGACCACGUCUUCCAGAAGCUGAAGCCCACCUACGUGCCAGGGGACAUCGGGCACGAGCGCCUCAUCAGCCAUCCGACCGACCCGGAGGAGUUCAAAGUCAUGCAGACCAAGGAGCUCCAGAACGGCCGCCUGGCUAUGCUCGCAGCUGCCGGCUUCAUGGCUCAGGAGGCGGUCACCGGCGACACGUGG